CCGCUGCACUCUCCUACUUCCCUCCCUCCCAGUCGCCAGCUCUUCCUCCCUUCCUCGGGCAUCUGAGCAGAGACUUUGGGAAGGACAGAGCCAUCUCCCGGCUCUCAGCUGGAGGGCCCACCAUGGUCCCUGCAAGGCCUCUUCUGAUGCUGGCCUUGCUGGCAGGGGUUGUCCUGGCUGACCAAGAAACAUGCAAGGGUCGCUGCAUGGAGGGCUUCAACAAGGACAGGAAGUGCCAGUGUGAUGAGCUCUGCUCUUACUACCAGAGCUGCUGCACGGACUACUUGGCGGAGUGCAAGCCUCUCGUGACGCGUGGGGAUGUAUUCACUCGGCCAGAAGAUGAAUACCAUUACUACGACUAUGAGACCCGAGACAAUGCCAGCAGUACCCACACGCAGCCAGAGAGUGCCAACCCUAAGCCUGAGCGGCCGAGCCAGACUCCAGAGCAGACAAUGCCUAUUCUGAAUCAUGAGGUCAAGCCUGAAGUAGCAAUUCAGGGGCCUGAGGUAUCAGGCCAAAGGCUGGAUACCAUGCAUCAAGGCACUGAAGAGGAGCUGUGCAGUGGCAAGCCCUUUGAUGCCUUCACUGACCUCAAGAACGGUUCCCUCUUUGCUUUUCGAGGGCCGUACUGCUAUGAGCUGGAUGAAAAGGCAGUGAGGCCCGGCUACCCGAAGCUCAUCCGCGACGUCUGGGGUAUUGAGGGCCCCAUCGAUGCUGCCUUCACCCGUAUCAACUGUCAGGGGAAGACCUACCUCUUCAAGGGUAGUCAGUACUGGCGCUUUGAGGAUGGUGUCCUGGACCCGGAUUACCCCCGUGAUAUCUCAGAGGGCUUCCAUGGCAUUCCGGACAACGUGGAUGCAGCCUUGGCUCUCCCGGCUCACAGCUACACAGGCCGGGAGAGGGUCUACUUCUUCAAGGCCAGGCUCAGGCCCACCCUGCUGAUGGCAGAUGUCCACUGCCAGGGAAACAGUACUGGCUGUACGAGUUCCACCAACAGCCCAGCCAGGAGGAGUGUGAAGGCAGCUCCCAGUCGACCGUAUUCACGCACUUUGCCACGAUCAGGGGGAGCUUGGAUGCCAUCUUCGACCUUCUCUUCUUUGGCGAUACCUCCGGUGGUGCUGGAGAACCACAGCUCAUCAGCCAGGGCUGGCGGGGUUUGCCCCAGAAGGUGGAUGCGGCCAUGGCUGGCCGCAUCUACAUCUCGGGCUCCGCUCCCCGCACCUCCUGGGCCAAGAAGCCCAAGUGGAGGAAGCGUCGCAACCGGAGACGCUACCGCUCACAGCGCAGCCGCAGCCAGAAAGCCCACCGGCGGUCCCGCUCCAUCCUGGGUCAGUCCUUUCUGUCCUGGUUCUCCAGUGAGGAGAGCGACUUGGGAACCUACAACUACAACUACGGGGACUAUGAUAUGGACUGGCUGGUGACUGACACCUGCGAGCCCAUCCAGAGCGCCUACUUCUUCUCAGGAGACAAGUACUACCGGGUCAACCUUCGCACGCAGCGAGUAGACACCGUGACCCCUCCCUACCCUCGCUCCAUUGCCCAGUACUGGCUGGGCUGCCCAGCUUCUGACCACAAGUAGGAGCACAAGCCCACCCUGCUGGGCCCUCCAUCUUCUUCCCAGCCCAAUAAAGCAAGCUUGACUUGUG